UCGUGAAGAGUUAAUUCAAGGGAGCAAACUUGCUGACGUGUAUUUCCGGACACAUAUUGCAAUAUGGGGAAGGAAGAUUCAGAUAACGGAAAGUACAAGACCAUAGAGGAAAAGCCAGUGAAGAUCGACAAGUGGGACACAGCUGCCCUCAAAAAUGCCCUUGACGACGGGGCCAAGAAGGUGAUGCUGGAGACAUAUGGGUUCACAGAGAGCCAUGCCCUGACUGAUGGACGUCUGCUCAUAUGCACGAUCGCCGUGGGGUUUGCAAUGUUUGCGCUCAUCUGGGACUACCUUAGACCAUUUCCUGAAUCUCGCCCUGUCCUCAUCAUGUGUGUCUUGUCCUACUUCUUCCUGAUGGGAGUGCUCACGUUGUACAUGACAUACAAGGAGAAGGGUAUUUUCCUGGUCGCCCUUGAAAAGGACAAGGCAAAGGUCGACCCUGACAACCGAUGGGAACUCGCUUCAACCCUCAGAAAAUAUGAUGACCAGUACACGCUGUCGAUGACGUAUACAGACGCUGCUUCCAAGAAGACGCGUACAAGUCAGAUAACCAAGUCGGUUGCAAGUUUCUUCGAUGAAAACGGCGUUCUUUGCAUGGACUUGUAUCAGCCCGAAGUAAAGAUGUUGAAAAACAAUGUGUCAGUCAGCAAGAAAGAAUAGCCAAGACUAGUUUAUAGAAUAUCCUGUGAGCCUUAAUCUGUGAAAAUAGGUCGUAUUGCAUGCGCAUAAAGAGUCAUCCCAGAUUAGCUUGUGCAGUCUGCAAAGAUUAAUCAGGAACAAGGUUUUACACUUGUAUUGUAUUUUUCAUAUAAAGAAAGUGUCUUCUUAGCAAAAACCCAGUGUAGGCAGAAAGUGUUGUCCCUGAUUAGCCUGUGUGGACUGCACAGUGUAGGCAGAAAGUGUUGUCCCUGAUUAGCCUGUGUGGACUGCACAGUCUUAUCUGAGGGGACACUUUACGCACAUGCAUUAAGCCCCGUCUUCACAGAGUGAGACUCAUGUAUUCUCCAUUUUAACGGUCAUUCAAUUAUAUUGCCUUUUUUUCUUUUCGAUCUAGUUUUGUGUCUGUGUUCUGUGUCAUCAAAAAUUUGGUCCUGUUGAUCAGCUAUGAUUUUGUAAAUUCCAAUUAAACAGAAAAAGCUGUGUUACUAACAUUUGAUGUUCUCAUUUUUAGGCAGCAUUCUGCUAAUGAUUUUAACAUAUAGCAAGUCAAUAUUAAUCAUGUUCAUACCCCCAAAAAGGGAUAUUCUAUGUUUGUUCAUAAAAGUUGACAAACGACACACUAUUUCACUUAUAUGCAGUUUUUAUUACUUUGUGUUAUUUUGGUAUAUGGAUGUGAAACGUUCCCAAUGCUUGGAAAUUUUUAUACUUUAUCCCAAAUUAAAGUGUGACAAUUCCUAAACUUUGAACUAAAAAGAAAUGUAAAACAACACAAACAUGCGGAAAAGAUUGACAUUGUGUACAGUACCUAUUUUAACUGUUCACCAAACAACAUAACAGUUGUAUAUUGUUAUUUAUUAUAUAAAACCAUGAUAGUCUGUUUUUUAAUGCUUAUUAUACAGUUCAAGUUGUUUCACCAAUUUAUCUACCUUUACCAGUUCCAUUCCUCAAGUAGGGACAAUUAAACAAUGCCAUGGACAUAAAUGGAGGAUUUGUAAGUGUAUGCAUGAAUGUGUUCUUCAUCAAGCAAGACGUUGAUGAACAUAAAAAAUGAUGAAUUAGUGGAGUUAGUCCAUUUUUUAUUGUCACUGUGUGUAUAUCUGUUGUCAACUCUACGCAGUUAAAUAGUAUGAUAUUUUGUCUGUCUCUUCUUUCAGUACAAUAUUGUUUUAGCUCAGUUGAAUUAUCCAAAGGGAUAUUAAAUAAUUAUAACUCUCUUAUUAUACUCCUUUAACACAAUUGUGUAAGACUAAUUGUAUAGUCUGUAAAAUGUUGAAAAGAGGUUUUCAUAACAACCCAAAAAGCGAAAUUCCAAACGAAGCAAUAAAACAGAACUGUAACAUUUAUAACUUGGUGUACGGUAUAUUUUGUAUUAAAUGCCAAAAGAUGGUAUACGUCGGAGAGACAAGCAGAUCAUUAAAGGAACGUGCCAAAGAACACGAGCUGACGUGCGGCUACGAAGAGAUAAACCGAUCUUAGAACAUUUCAAUGGUGCUGGCCACAGAGUGCAGGAUAUGGGUGUAUCAGUGUUAACACAGAUAAGAGACAGUUCCCAUUAUUACAGACUUAUUAAAGAACUGGAAUUCAUAAAGAAGUUUCAAACACAAUCGCCAAAUGGACUUAAUACAAAAAAUCAACUUGAUGUCCUGCUACGGGAAACUAUCUUGUAAAAAAUAUAUGUGAAAAACAUUUAAAAUUAAUCAUCAACCUAAAUGUAUGUAAAAAUAAUAGUACUUUAUGCAAUGUAUCUUAUCCAUAAUGUGUAUAUGUUAUAUAGAAUAGCAAGUAUAUAUGAUUAUUUAAUCAAAUAUCAUUAUAAUAUUUUACAUAGAUAUGGAUUGAAAUAAUUAAAGUCAUUAAAUAAGUUUACCCUAUUUAAUUAAUGAUAAUAAGUUUAGGUCGAUUAUAAUUACAUAUGAUGAUGAUUGUUUUAUUGUAAAAUAUCAAUUUAUUAAAUAUAUAAAGCACACAUUUAACAAAAGAUUAAGACAAAAUAUGUAAGUGUUUAACGUCAAUUCAUUUUUGGCGAAUUUUUACAUUUUUUGGCGCCAUUUGAAAUAACGCCAUUUAUGACGUCAUCAUGUACAACGUCAUUUGACGUUUAAAAACAUUUUUCUUUGUUAUUUAAAUUGUGCAGUCAAAAGAUGUAAAAAUGUAUUUAACAUAUAAUUAACAAUGUUUUGAUAAAGGCAUUAUGCCGAAACGUCAAUUAAAGGAGUAUAAUCAGAGAGUUAAUAUUGUUUUAGUGAUGAUUAUGUUUUUUUUCUUGUUUAAGUUGAUCAGUUUUUUGUGAAAGUGCCUCACUACUGGUUCUUAAGUGCUAGAUAUACAGUGAAGAAAAUAAAUGAAACAAUUGCUGUAAGCAGUUUUUUUUAUAAUGUAUCAAAAAAGGAAUCAGUGGUAUUUAUAGAGUUCUUUAUUCAUUCUUUGUCACUUAAUAACAACUACAAAAUCAUGUCAUUUCUUCUGAAAGGCUUCUUAUAGAGACUAAGUAAACUUUCUAAAUCAGUACAAUAUUUAAUGGGACCUGGGACCAUAGCUUUAUUUUGUAUUUAAUGUCUUAACUGUUAAAUCAAAGCAGUAAGAUUCCCCCCCUCCCCCCCAAAAAAAUAAAUAAAGAAGUUUUACAGACACUGGUUAAUUUAAAUAAUGAUUAUGUACAUGUAUCUGCAGAUUGUUGAAUAACAUUGUUUUAUUGGUUUAUAAGUCAUGUGUGAACACUGUUACGAGAACAUGAAGUGAAUAAGUGUAUGUCAAUCUGUGACCAGGUCCCUUAGAUUUGAAUACAAAAUCAUUCUCUAAAAGACAGUAAAUAUUUAAGUACAGUUUAUACAUUAUUUGUGGUGCUUAAUGAUAUAUCAUGUGGAACUGAUUAAUAAAACAGGGAAUACACUAUAAAGUU